AUGACACCAUAUCUAGCAUUGAUUCUGGUGCCAUCACCCUGGAUGGACAAGCGGGGUGGUGUAGCUUAUUAUAACCUGACUGCCGGAGGCGGAUCGAUGCUCAUCAAUGCUGGUGAUGGAUACGGUGAACCUAUGAAUGUCAUCAUCUCUGGACUUAGCUCUUCCGCUUAUUGUGGUUAUAUGUCUGCCGACUUGGGAGAUGGAAAUGGAUGGGUCAAUCAAACCAUUGAACUUCGCCAGGACUAUGGAAAACCAGGAGGCGGAACUUGUCUCGAGAGCCUCGUCGGAGGAAAUCGUUUUCGUAUUUUCGUACAAAACGGCACUGCGGCGGACAGUGGAGCUCUCUUCCUAGCCGUGUCUCGAGAAGAGCCCUUACCAGAACAUCAUGAUAUCGUGCCAGAUGGGUACGAUAUUGGCCGCAACCAGCUGGUGUCGGCUGCGGUUGGUGAAACAUGGUUUCAUGGAGUCAAAUACAAUACCACCGCCCAAAACAUCACUGGUCUCCUUGCAGCUGGCGCUGAUGGUAUUAACCAUGGCAUCGCUCAAGAUGGUAUUGUCAUGUUGUUGACUGUUACGAUUAAUUGA